AUGGCCUCCACCGAGGAACCCAAGGAGACCGCCCAGUCCCACGCACCUACUGAUGCUGGCGAUGCCCCCACCGAGGAGCCUUCUCUGGAUCUGUCCACCAUGAAGAAGAAGAAGAAGAAGGUCAAGACCGAGGAUGCCGACGGCGCCGACGCCCCCGCAGAGACUGGCGAGGAUGGAUUGGCUCUCCCCAUGAAGAAGAAGAAGAAGAAGAAGGCCCCUAAGGAGGGCGAGGAUGAUCUUGCUGCCAAGAUUGCUGCCCUUGAGGUCGAUGGAGAGGAUGGCGAGGGUGAGGCCGAGGCCGAGCAGGAGGAGCAGUCUGGCGACAUGGACAAGGGCACUGGUAUCUGGCAACAUGACGGCACGAAGCCCAUCAGCUACGACCUUUUGCUGGGCCGCUUCUUCAGCCUCCUGUCACAGAAGAACCCCGACCACGCAUCCAGCGGCGCCCGAAGCUACAAGAUCCCGCCUCCCCAGUGUCUCCGUGAAGGUAACAAGAAGACCAUCUUUGCCAACAUUCCCGACAUCUGCAAGCGCAUGAAGCGUACCGAGGAGCACGUCACUCAAUACCUGUUUGCCGAGUUGGGUACAAACGGUUCCGUCGACGGUAGCAGACGACUGGUCAUCAAGGGUCGUUUCCAGCAGAAGCAAAUCGAGAACGUUCUCAGGAAAUACAUCCUCGAGUACGUCACGUGCAAGACCUGCCGUUCCCCUGACACAGAGCUCAACAAGGGAGAGAACCGUUUGUACUUCAUCACCUGUAACUCUUGCGGUUCCCGUCGUUCCGUCCAGGCUAUCAAGUCUGGUUUCACUGCCCAGAUUGGAAAGAGAAAGAAGAUGCAGGGCUAA